UCUCAAACAUGGCGGCUACCCAAGAUGUCCACGUCCGAAUUUGCAACCAAGAGAUUGUCAAAUUCGACUUCGAGGUGAAGGCACUUAUCCAGGAUAUUCGGGAUUGUCCGGGACCAUUAGGCGCACUUACUGAACUGAACACUAGAGUGAAAGAGAAGUUUCGAGAGUUGCGGCACAGGAUACAGGAGCUUGAGCAGUUGGCCAGAGAGCAGGACAAAGAGUCGGAGAAGCAGGCGCUGCUCCAGGAGGUGGAGAACCACAAAAAGCAGAUGCUCAGCAAUCAGGCGUCCUGGAGGAAAGCGAAUCUCACUUGCAAAAUCGCAAUCGACAAUCUAGAGAAAACAGAACUUCUCCAGGGAAGAGACCCCUUGAGGCAAAGGAAAACCACCAAGGAGGGCCUGGCCCAGACGUCCAGCAGCAUCACCGAGAGCCUCAUGGGGAUCAGCAGGAUGAUGUCCCAGCAGGUGCAGCAGAGCGAGGAAGCCAUGCAGACGCUAGGUCUCCGAGCACGCAGGGCACACGCAUCCGACUGCAGCCCGUGCUCCCCCUCCUCACCAUGCCGGCGCACUCCCCCACCACGACGCCACCUUGCCGUUCCACGUAACACCUUUCCCUUUUGGGGUGUCCGGACAGUGGCUUAUUUUACUUUGUGGGAGAACAUCCAGGUAGACUGCCUUCCCCAGCGUCAGGCCCAGAGACCCACACUCAGAGGUGAAGUGGGCGCCUGAGCACAGUGGGCCCUGAGGGACACGGGCCUCCUCUUAGGUGUCACACUACGUCCAUCGCGCGGGUGACCGGUCUCUAAUGCUGUGGUCGGUCCUGGACUGAAGGGUGUGUUUGUGGGAGGGCGUGUGGGGGCCGAUCCCUCAGAGAGCAGCCCUGGCAGCCAGGGGUCCUGGCGGGGUGCCCCUGUCCCCACACAGCCCUCACAGGGCCUGUCCACGGUCGCCUGGGCCGGUCUUGUGGCCGGUGGUCCUCAGCAGCGCCCACCUGCCCCAGAAAGCCAAGGUCGGUGCCAAGGAAGAACAGUCUUUCUGCCUUUUCCCUGGGGGGCCCACUGCAGGGGACUCCAGGUUACAGCCCUGUGACAUUGAAUGUACACAGACCCCGUCCCUCCCUGAGCUGGAUGGGACCUAGGGAAGCGCCUUUCCUUAUUCUGUCCGCGUUCUCCACCCCUCUGCCGGUCUCUGUGCGCGGGCAGGGAGCCUGCUUCGGGAGCGACGUUCCUGGGGACCCGGCCCCUGAGCCGGCUCCCUGCUGUCUGCUCUGCGGUCUCUGAGUCGGCCCCCCACCCCUUAUG